AUGGACGUACUGAACUCCCGCAACUAUGACUGGGAGAAGCCAGCAAUGACCAGGACUAUCCUCACUGCGAUCCUUGGGGAGGGCCUGGUAAGUGUUGAGGGGAAUGUGCAUAAGGCCAUGCGACGGGUGGCAGCACCAGCAUUCUCCGGCCGCCAGACGCGCGCCCUGGCACCUUUGUUUUACUCCAAGGGCCUCGCGCUCAUAGAAGUAUUAGCUCGGCAGGUAAAGAAGGCUGAUGGCGGAGUAGUGGAAAUUACUGGUGCAAUAUCUCGUGUCACCCUCGACAUCAUCGGAGCGGCUGGGGUAGGAAUGGAUUUCAACGCACUCGAUGAUGAAGAAUCGAAGCUGGCAAAGCUCUAUGAAUUGGUAAUGGAACCACCUUCUUUCUUCAUGCUAGCCGAAUCUCUGUUUCCAAGAUGGCUCCUCCAACAGUUCGGGUGGAAGGGCUACAGUAAAACCAUAGAGGCGCAAUCGCAGCUGCGGUCAGAGGUUCGAGCACUGCUUCAAGAGAAGAAGGCAGUUAUAAACGAGGAGAAAUCAACGCCUCACAGCACAGAUAUCAUUGCAAGCAUAAUGAAGUCUGGCGAUUUUUCCGAUGACUACCUCAUAGGACAGUUGCUCACCUUUCUCGCUGCUGGCCACGAUACCACGGCCUCAGCCCUCGUGUGGGCCACGUGGCUCCUAUCGCGGCAUCCCCAGAUCCAAGAUCGUCUCCGAGCCGAGUGCAGCGCCAAAUUACCUAACGGCCCUGUAUCAGAGGUUGACGCCGCAGCCUUCGACCCAGAGAACAUGCCAUUCCUUGCUGCCGUCUGCAACGAAACACUGCGUCUCUAUCCUCCAGCACCUAGCACUGUUCGCGAAGCCAUCGUGUCCACAACGAUCCGCAAUGUGCCUAUUGCCAAAGGCACACUCGUAACAAUCCCUCCUUGGGCCGUCAAUCGUAAUCGUGCUCUCUGGGGUGCCAAUGCUGCCGACUUCAUCCCUGACAGAUGGAUCGACGGCCCUAACGCUGCAAAUGGAGGAGCAGAGAGCCCAUAUUCAUUUCUCACUUUCCUGCACGGUCCGCGAAGCUGCAUUGGGCAGGGCUUUGCGCGACUGGAGAUGAAGUGUCUUUUGGCGCUGCUCAUCACGAGGUUUGCGUUUGAAACUACCUCCCCUGAUCAGAUGGUUCAGAUUUGCGGGUUCAUUACCAUCAAGCCACAGGGGGGCUUGAGGUUGAAGGUGUACGAUCUCAAAAGCAAAGAAAGAUGA